AUGGCUGAACCGCUGCUCGUCCCAAUUCCAUCCAGUAUGUUGAGACAGCUGACCGAUAAGAUGUAUGAGAAACGUAAGGCCGCAGCGCUUGAACUCGAAAAACUAGUGCGCGAGAGCGUUCGCAUGAAUCAGAUGGACGCGGUAGAGAAAAUGAUCAGCAUGAUGAGUGAACUGGUCAACUCGCCGACGCCUCAUGUUCGUAAGGGCGGUCUUCUCGGAUUGGCGGCAAUUGCGAUUGCUCUCGGCAAUCCCUUAAACCCAAUAUACGCCUGCAACCUCAUCAUGCCGGUGCUGUCAUGUGUGCUAGACGCGGAGGGCAGAGUCCGAUAUUACGCAUGCGAAUCACUGUACAACAUCAUGAAGGUGACACGAGAGAUGGCUUUACUCAAGUUUGAUGAUCUCUUCGAUGCGCUGUGCAAAGUGAGCCGCCAUUCCGGCAAAUUCGAAGUUGGAAAGUUUAUGGCGCUUCUGCGAGAAAGAAUUUACACCCAAAACGAGUUCGUCAAGUGCUUCCUGAUCAUGUGGUUUUUGCAGGUACAAACGUUGCAGAACAAUCCGGACAUGAAGUUGGUAUCGUAUGUGUCAGAUAUUUUGGACGGGAUUUUCCACAUACUUGCUGACCCUUCGAAACUUACGCGUACCGUGUGCCUGUCAGUGCUCGACGGAUUUUUGCAAACUAUACUCGAUCAGCCGAUCGAAGCCGACGUUGAGUGUAUGGUCAAUGUACUGGUGGUCAACGCCCAGUCGAAAGGUGAGCUAAAAGUAGCUCUCAAUCUACCACUUAUUAUCGCUGUUUUGCAGAGUAAUCUUAGCAGCGUUGCCGUGCCGACGAAAAUCGCUGCUUUGCAUUGGAUUCGUUGUCUUUACACACAAAUGCCUACGCAGGUUUCUAUGCACAUGUCAGAUCUUUUUCCGUCUCUCCUGCAGUCGUUAUCUGACCCGUCGGACGAGGUGAGUGUCGGCAUACAUUCUGUCAACACGAAAUGUAGCAUCACGUUGGCCAGUCUUGGGCUUUCGAAUUUGACACAAGCUAGUUUAACUGAUAUUUCUCCGUACUUUGUCAAAUUUAUCAUUAGUUUGUUGGAAGAGUUCAGACGGGACGACGAGUUGCUGCUCAACCGCGGUGCUUUUAUAGUACGACAGCUGUGCAUCUGGCUAAAACCAGAGGACACGUUUCGUACUUUCGCUGUUUUGCUUAAUGCAGAAGAUGACGUGAUCUUCGUCGCACAGCUCGUACGCAUUCUCAGCUCGACUCUUCUAACUGCUCCUGAGCUGUUUUCACUGCGCCAGCGACUACAGAACAACAAAGAUAAGGAAUCACUGAAACUGUUCGGCUGUCUUUAUACGUGUUGGUCUUAUGAGCCAGUUUCGCUGCUUGCCCUUUGUCUGCUGACCCAAAAUUAUGCGCAUGCGGCUGAUCUCGUCGAGCGUUUGUACGUGUAUUUUACCAGUGGCUUUAAAAAUGAAAAAUAUGACAGUAGUAUUCAUUGGUGUACCUGCAGAUCUCUACUGUUUUUACUAGGUAUCACUUUGUAG